CCUCAUUGAGAGGAAGGUAAAAGCAAUACACAAUUACACAGAGUGAAGUCUUAAACUUGCCUGUACAGAAACCCUCUGUUCUGACUUCUGAGCACAUGGAGAAGCUGAAAUCCUUAGUGCCCAAAGCCCUACGCCAGGAAAUCUCUGAGAGCACGCCGGAUGGCCUCCCCGCCACCUGUUCUUCCCUCCUAGAAUUCUUCCACCGCUUGCCCCAGUUUCACCAGGUUGUUAAGGAGUUGACAGACCCAGAAAUGGCUUUGUGUGGCAAGGACCAUAGUGCUGCUUCUGAAGUAAAGCUUCGAGGCAACCAAUGCUUCUCCGGAGGAGAUUAUCCUAAAGCGUUGCAUUUCUAUACACAGGCAUUACGCCUUGCUCCAACAAACAGCAAUGACACAGAGAAAAACCUAUCUGCUAUGCUCUAUGUGAAUCGUGCAUCUGCAUUGCAUAAAAUGGGACUAAUUGUAGAGUGUUUACAAGAUUGUGAUCGGGCUCUUGCAAUUUUUUCAACCUAUGCUAAGGCAUGGUUCAGGAGAGGUAAAGCUAAUGCUUCUUUGGGAAAUUUCGAGGAUGCAAUCCAAGAUCUGAAGGUCUCACUAAAGAUGGAAGUGUCUUUGAGUGGAAAGAGACAAAUAGAAGAUGAACUCAGGAUUAUUUUGGACCAACAUAAGCUGAAGCAUAGUUCAUUGUAUAAGUCCAACAGGAAUGAGUCAGAUGUUACUAUGUUAGAUGAGCCAGACCGAGCAAAUAUGCAGUGUGUAUCUUUACCUACUAAGGGACGGGGAAUGGUAUCGCGUGCUGAUAUUCCAAUAGGCUCCUUGGUUCAUAAAGAAGAUCCUUAUGCAGCGAUCAUCUUGAAGAACUGUCGGGAGACCAACUGUCAUUUCUGCUUCAAUGAACUACCAAUGCAUGCCGUGCCCUGUGAAUCGUGCUCUAUACCACUAUACUGCUCUAGUCAAUGUCAAUUAGUAUCGGGAGGAAAAGAGUUUGGUAAAACUCCGAGGAAAGUUAGCCGUCAUAAUGAGCUACCAGAUGAACUCGAAAAGUACAUUUCAGAAUGCGUUUCAAUUGGCGUUUCUGGUCCACGUACUGAGGAUAUUGCCGAGCAUAGACAUGAAUGUCAAGGUGUCCAUUGGCCUGCAGUAUUGCCGUCAGAAGUAGUUUUGGCUGGUCGAGUCCUCGUGAAAUUUAUAGAGCAACAAAAGGAUUCUAGCGGUUUCUCUAACCUUCUCACAGUUUUGGAUCUCUGCCACAAUUUUGUGCAGCUCCCUCCCGACACUAAGCUGGAGAUGCAUAUUUACUCGAUCAUUCUGUUGAACUGUCUUCAGAAUUCUUAUGCACCUAAACUCCCCGUGACUGGGGUUAUCAUUUCACAGCUGGUUAUACUUCUAUCGCAAAUCAGAGUAAAUUCAAUGGCUAUUGUCCGUAUGAAAUCUUUAGAUACAAAAGGAUCCUUAGACGAGCAUGUGAAUGCUUUAACCAGUUCUUUAGAGCAGGUCAAGGUGGGCCAAGCUAUUUAUUUGGUUGGCAGUAUGUUUAACCAUUCUUGUAGGCCAAAUGCUCAUGCUUACUUUCUUUCACGUACCCUUUAUGUCCGCACAACAGAUUCUGUGUCAGCGGGAUCCGAACUCGAGCUCUCUUAUGGUCCACAGGUUGGGCAGUGGGACCACAAAGACCGCCAGCAGAUCUUGAGAGACCGCUACUCGUUUAGCUGUCAAUGUAGAGGCUGUUCGCAACUAAAUCUAUCCGACCUCUGUAUAAAUGCGUACAGGUGUGCUAAACCCGGCUGCCUUGGUGUAGUCCCCGACAGCACUCUCGCUAGCUAUGUGAAACAAAAACUCCCGCAUGUCUCUAAGCAGGUUGAAAAGGUCGAAAACGAGAGAAUCAGUGAUGUGGCCCAUUAUGCAGUUCAUAAAGCCGAUUAUCAUCUUAAACCUGGGCAUUGCUUGAAUUGCAAUUUGUAUCGUGAUCUAGAAGCUGCAUGUGCUACGAUUAGCAAAGCUGAGAGUUCUAUCGGGAGGUUGCAAGACGCAAUUGCUUCCAAUGAUGUCCCGGUUGAAGUACUUUCCAAUGCUUUGAAGGCUUCCGAUAUUCUGAGAUCAACACUGCAUCCGUUUAACAAGAGAAUUGCAGAGGUGGAGGACAAUGUAGCACAGGCAAUGUGCUUGGUUGGGGAACCGCAAGCUGCAAUGGAUCAUUGUAAAGCGUCAAUCAAGAUUCUUGAAAAACUGUAUGAUCCCAAUCACAUUGUCAUCGGGAACGAACUGAUUAAACUUGGAUCCAUCCAACUGCAACGUGGCAACCGCGAUGCUGCCAGCACUACAAAGAGCACUGCUGAAAUCUUUUCACGGUAUUUUGGAUCCCAUGCACUCGUUAUAUUUCCAUAUCUGCAACGCCUCCAGCAAGAAGCUGGCUGCCUGGCAUGAUCUUAAUACUAAUUCUUUUAUUUGUUCUUGUUGGGGCACUAGAAUUGUUUCACCAAGGUUUUUAGCUUAUUUGGGGCAUCAAAGAACAAGCCAAUCUAAGAUCUAUUUGUUUAUUUUCUAGUUUGUCUGAGUUUCAAAUUUUUGCUUAAUGUCAGUUCUUUUAGGUUAAA